GGUGAGGGGAGAGGCGCCGCAGCCAGCACCACCGUGGGGACCCGUUAGAGCGGAAGCGCCGCCGCCGCCGCCGCCUUCGCUGUCCCGGGCCACCAGGUUCCCGGCAGGUGGGAGGCGGGAGCCAUGUCGAAGCGGCUCCGGAGCAGCGAGGUGUGCGCUGACUGCAGCGGGCCGGAUCCUUCCUGGGCAUCAGUAAAUAGGGGAACUUUUAUAUGUGACGAGUGCUGCAGUGUCCAUCGGAGUCUAGGGCGCCAUAUCUCUCAAGUAAGGCAUCUUAAACACACACCAUGGCCUCCAACAUUGCUUCAGAUGGUUGAAACCUUGUAUAAUAAUGGUGCUAAUUCUAUAUGGGAGCAUUGUUUGCUGGACCCUGCCUCUCUUAUCAGUGGAAGACGCAAAGCUAAUCCACAGGAUAAAGUACAUCCUAAUAAAGCAGAAUUCAUCAGAGCAAAGUAUCAGAUGUUAGCAUUUGUCCACCGCUUGCCCUGCCGGGAUGACGAUAGUGUGACUGCCAAAGAUCUUAGUAAGCAACUCCAUUCAAGCGUGAGAACAGGGAAUCUUGAAACCUGUUUGAGGCUAUUAUCUUUAGGAGCACAAGCCAACUUUUUUCACCCUGAGAAAGGAAACACCCCACUCCAUGUUGCCUCCAAAGCAGGGCAGAUUUUACAGGCGGAAUUAUUGGCAGUAUAUGGAGCAGACCCAGGCACACAAGACGCGAGUGGGAAAACUCCUGUUGAUUAUGCAAGGCAAGGAGGGCACCAUGAGCUGGCAGAACGCCUUGUAGAAAUACAGUAUGAGCUGACUGACAGACUAGCCUUCUAUCUGUGUGGCAGGAAACCAGAUCACAAAAAUGGACAGCACUUUAUAAUACCUCAAAUGGCAGACAGCAGCCUGGAUUUGUCUGAAUUGGCAAAAGCUGCUAAGAAGAGACUUCAGUCUCUAAGUAAUCAUUUGUUUGAAGAACUUGCCAUGGAUGUGUACGAUGAAGUUGACAGGCGAGAGACUGAUGCAGUCUGGCUUGCCACGCAAAAUCACAGCACCUUGGUGACCGAGACAACCGUCGUCCCCUUCCUUCCGGUCAAUCCCGAGUACUCAUCAACACGGAACCAGGGCAGACAGAAACUAGCUCGGUUUAACGCCCAUGAGUUUGCCACUCUGGUUAUCGACAUUCUCAGUGACGCCAAGAGGAGACAACAAGGCAGUCCUCUCUCUAGUUCAAAAGACAAUGUGGAGCUCAUACUGAAAACAAUCAGUAACCAGCACAGUGGUGAGAGUCAGGACAAUGACCAGCCGGACUAUGACAGUGUGGCAUCAGAUGAAGACACGGAUCUGGAAGCCACUGCGAGCAAGGCACACAGGCAGAAGAGCCUAGAUUCAGAUUUAUCAGAUGGACCAGUCACUGUGCAGGAAUUUAUGGAGGUCAAAAACGCUCUAGUGGCUUCUGAGGCCAAGAUACAACAGCUAAUGAAGGUGAAUAACAACUUGAGUGACGAGCUGAGAAUUAUGCAGAAAAAGCUUCAAACACUCCAGAGUGAAAAUUCGAACCUCAGGAAACAGGCCACAACCAAUAUAUAUCAGGUGCAAACUGAUUCUGAGUACACAGACACUUCCAACCACUCUUCUUUAAAGAGACGUCCAUCUGCCCGGGGCAGUAGGCCCAUGUCCAUGUACGAGACGGGAUCAGGUCAGAAACCCUAUCUCCCAAUGGGAGAAGUGAACCACCCCGAAGAGAGCAGGACGAGACUCCAGCCUUUCCCCGCGCACAUUGGGAGGAGUGCGCUUGUGACCUCCUCUUCGUCUCUGCCUUCCUUCCCCUCCACACUUUCCUGGUCGAGGGACGAGAGCGCCCGAAGGGCAUCCAGGCUGGAGAAGCAGAACAGCACACCUGAAAGUGACUAUGACAACACUCCCAAUGACAGGGACCCGGAUGACUUGGGGUCAAGCAGGAAGGGAAGGCAAAGAAGUACAGUGUGGCAAGGUGAUGGCUCAGGCCCAGAUGCGGCAGAGCCCCACACGGCCCGGAGCCCCGUCUUCCCCAGCACCGAAGACGUCAUCCGGAAGACCGAACAGAUCACUAAAAACAUACAGGAGCUCUUAAGAGCAGCCCAAGAAAAUAAACACGACAGUUAUAUUCCCUGCUCAGAGAGGAUACACGUAGCUGUUACAGAAAUGGCAGCAUUAUUCCCCAAAAAGCCCAGGUCCGACAUGGUGAGGACUUCCCUCCGCUUACUGACAUCCAGUGCCUACCGACUCCAGUCGGAGUGCAAGAAGACCCUCCCAGGCGACCCGGGCCCGCCCACGGACAUCCAGCUGGUCACGCAGCAGGUCAUCCAGUGUGCGUACGACAUCGCCAAGGCCGCCAAACAGCUGGUCACCAUCACCACCAAAGAGAACAACAACUGAAUGGCAGGGCUGGCCCGGCCCUUCUGUUUUCGAGGCUUUUCUAAGUCCGGUUUCCAAUUUAGACAUGGAACUCUUCCGAUUUUUACAGAAACAAACGUUUAAUGAAAAUUUAAAACUUUUUAAAAGAAAACUCAGUAUUAUUUUUGCAUGUUUUCUAACAAAUUUUCAACUGUUAAUUUAACCCACUUGCCUUCUUUGUGCCUGUUUGCCAGUUUACCUUCUGACGUGCUGUUGUGCUGUCCGUGACCGUCGAGUUAAUUGCUCAUAGAUAUCCAAAAGCAGACCUUCAUUGUUUAAAGUAUUUUAGAACUUUUCCAUCCCUUCAGACUCCUUGCCUAUGGCUAAAACUAUAAGUGAGAGUUUUACUGAAACAUUCUCUGGAGAGAGUUGGGUUAAAAAAAAAAAAUCAACAUUGUCUGUUCCCUAUCAAGUAUUGUGCAAUAAGCAGAUUUUCCAGCCUCUACUGCAGAAUCUCUUAAGUUUGGGGUAUCUCCAAGCAGGCAUGUUAGAGAAAGGACUUUGCCACUUUCUAAAAAUAGUGUAACAAUCUCUCUUGGAAGGAAACAAUGAAGUGUUCAAUUUCUUUUGACUGUUCUAUCAUAUUAGAUGUUCUCUCAUCUAAUUUUUCGAUCCUAUCUUCUAUUUCUAUUUUACCAUCAUCCUGAAGUCUCCAUGGCAUCCGAUAAGCACUCAUGCUCCCUGUCGUGUGUCCCUUGGCCGUGUUAUCACGCACACUCUGAGGAGCCUCAGUCCCACGAGCCGUAACUAAUUUCGUCCCUCCCCAUUCAGCUAGCACUGCCGUAAACGGUGACAAGAGCAGUGAUCUGCUCCCCUUACUCCUCUAGCCGCCUAAAGACUUCCCACACGAUCUGCUUCGCAUAUCUCGCCACCUUUAAGGACUUCUUAUGAGGUAAGAUGUAUACAAUCACCUGAGUUCGCUUCUCUUCCAUUAUCUCACUGGUACUUCACAAUUAGACAUCACCUUUCAAGGGAUUUCCAAUGCAGUGGGUGUGGGUUCGAUCCCUGGUUGGGGAGCUGAGAUUCUACAUGGCUCAUGGCUAAAAAAACAAAACAUAAAACAGAAGUGGUAUUGUAACAAAUUCAGUAAAGACUUGAAAAAAAAUGGUCCACAUCAAAAAAAAAAAAAAAUUCUUUAGACAUCACCUUUCAAGAAUUCCCUGGAGUGCUCUCGCUGACUACCCACUAUCCCAAAACUACGAAAGCAUGCAGGUGUAAAUUCUGGAACGUACCGAGAUUAAGUUAAUCUCAACUGAGCCUUUUAAGUUACUAAGAAGAGUUUUGUUGUUCUAAGAGCUAAAGCAUAUUCCUUCCUGCUUGUUGCCGCAGUUUUGUGUGGGUGUGGCUCAGACCCUGACCUAGACCAGAGGGCCCAGGUGGUACUGACAUUGGUGAGUGAAGCGAGCCAGGUGACCAGGGCAGGGGACAGUGGGGGAGCCCGUGGCACAUCAGUGGUCACAGCUUCUCCCUGGCUCUACUCAGGCUGCCACGUGGAAAAGUGGGCCUGGGGUUGCUGGAGCUUUGAUUUGUCAGGAGACACCAGAUAUUUUUUUGUGCCGUCUCUCCAUUUGUAAAUGUUCGCGACUCAUCUAAAAGUGUUCACGGCACACGUGUGGGUGAGCUUCGGCCUCUAGGCUGCCAGCUCACGGCUCUGCUGUGUAGUGUGAGGGCCUGGCUUCCCUGGUCUCCCCCGGUUUAGCCUCUGAGCCUUCCCGGUAGCGUGGCCACCGUACCCUGUGAUCAGUUGCUGUUAGUCCUUGUUUCACCCAUCUUUUCUGUCCCAUAGCGCUCGUUCACACACGUGAAAAUGUCAAAAUAAUCAAAGUUGCCUAAAAACAUCCUCAAUAAGCCUGUAUUUUCACAGAACUGUUUGAUUCACAAACACCUUUGUAGUGUGACCGAACGCUGUCGGAGAGGAGCACCGCAAUGGUGUUUGGUUUACUAAGUCACUGUGAGUGGGUGCUUUCGCCGGCUUUUGCUGCACUGAGUAGUGUGGGGAAAGGGUCCACAUCUCCAAGACUUGUCUGCACAAACCUAAGUGCCAUGCUCUUAUUGGAUGCUGAGGGGACGCCUUCGCAAAGGAUGUCUUCUACCUUAAGUUCAAGCACUGUCUGAGAACCUUUUCUGCAUGCUGCAUGUAACGGGCUGUCCCUCCUCUUCCUUGCAAACACGUGCCCUCCUGCCAGGCCUACACGGGCUCCUCGGGAAAGGCCCAGCGGCAGUCCAGAGUCAGUGCCCUUGGCCUCCCGGGGAGGAUGGGCUUCUGGAUAAUGAGUCGCCUGCGGUGGGUGAAGUGGUGUCUUCACUCCAACACUCAGGACCUGCAGUGGAGGACGCUGUUUCGUGCCCCUGGAGAAAGUCAAGGAACGUGGGGACCACCAAAGUGUUUCCAGUUGUGAGAACACCGCAGGAGGUUGCUCUGUUAACCCACAGUGCCAAAACCCGGGAAGGAAGUUCCCAGGUGGAGUGACAGGAGGGCCACAGCUCGUCCUUCUCAUCAAAGUGCCCUGCCCGUUUCCUCGGCCCUGAGAGGCCGGGGUUAGAGGUCCCCGGGGCCUGCGGACAACUCGCACCUUGUCUGAACGGUCGUUCACCGUCUUUUGCACAUGGGUUCCACAGCCUUGCACUAGUGUCUGAGUUCUGUAAUGUCAAUUCUCUUACCCUUGAUUCUCAAAUCCCCGCCCCCUCAGAUGCCCCUCAGAGCUGAGAGGUCGGAGGUAGGAAACCGGCAUUUGCCCCUUGCUGGGGGGAGACGGCUCCACCCCUGAGCUCCUUCAACUGAAGUCAUCUUCUGCCUCGGAAUGCAAAUAGUUCUUACUUGCCAAAGAACAAUGAAUCGGGCCCAAAGACCAAAUACAGCAUCUCAUCAAUUGGAACUAUAAACGCAUAACUCAGGAGCUGUCCUCCGAUUCCUCCAGCGGUUUAAGCUGCAGAACCAGAGUGAGACCGGCAUGAGUGUCCUCCGCAGCCACCCUGAGCUCCCCAAGCAGAGUUUUCCUUCUUUCCUUGUCCCGGUUGAAGGUCACCUUGAUUUUACAAAAGAAAAUGCUGCAUAGGAAAAAUGAAAUGCCUUUUAUUCCAGUGUGUUUUAUCCAUGUCACCCAUUAUUCUGUACUUAUUUUUCCUGUUUGUUGUAUAUUCUAUUCCUGUAAUUAUUGUUCAACCCUUUAAGCGUUGUAAAAUCGUUUUGGAAUUUGUGCCUGCUAGUUAUGCAAUAAACAGGCUCUGUAAGUGUCCUUGUGGUAAUUCUAUGCUUCCCAUCCAUAAGAUGAUGUUUCCAGAUACUAGGUCAA